AUGCCUGCUGCUGUCACCCCCCAACAAGAAAGGCCAAAGAAAACAAAGUGCAAAAGCAUUCAUGAGGCCGUCAAAACUGGGAACAUAGAACAACUGAAUGAAAUGGUGACCUUUGGCAUCAGCAUUAAUGAGGUGGAUCCAGUCUACAAGUUUACACCUUUGCACUGGGCAGCCCAUUCUGGAAGCCUGGAGUGCCUUCACUGGCUUCUCUGGCAUGGAGCUGAUCAGACAGCAGUGACAGUGAGAGGCUGGACAGGAACUCAUUUGGCUGCGAUUAGAGGCCAAGAUGCCUGCAUGCAGGCCCUCCAUCUCAACGGGGUAAAUCUAGGGGCUCCGGAUGACCUAGGGUGUACUCCAGCACAUCUUGCAGCGACCCACGGACACUCAUUCACUUUACAAACCAUACUCCGGAGUGGGGUGGAUGUCAACGCUUCUGAUAAGAAUGACUGGAAACCUAUACACAAUGCUGCUUUCUAUGGCCGGCUAGGCUGCCUCCAGCUUCUUGUAAGGUGGGGAGCUACUUUAGAAGAUGCGGAUAAAGAUGGAAAUCUUCCAGUUCAUUUGGCAGCUAUGGAAGGUCACCUGCACUGCUUUAAGUAUUUGGUGAGCAAAAUGCCCACAUUGAUCCAUUCCUUGAAAGCCCGGAAUGACCAUGGUGAGACCCCAAGGGAUCUGGCAGAGAGGUUCUACAAGGAAAGUAUCCUUGUAUACAUUGACCGUCUACAGGAGGAAGCAGAUCCAUUGGACAAGGAAGAAAAUUUAAGCUCUCCAGGCCAUGAUGCUGCCUUCAGAGGGGACCUGGACACCUUAAGAAUGCUACUGGAAAAUAACAUCAUCAGUAUUAAUGAGCGGGAUGAUAAGGGAUCUACCCUCCUGCACAAAGCGGCUGGACAAGGUCAUUUACAUAUCUUAGAGUGGCUGAUCAACAGGGAAGCCAACUGCAAUAUUGCCAACGACAGUGGAGAAACACCAAAAGAUGUCGCAAAGAGGUUUGCCCAGCUGGCUGCUGUGGCAUAUCUAAAAAACAAGAUUGGAAAUGACUCAGAUGAGGAACUUGAUAUAAAAGAUCCAAAGUUCUUUGAAAGUCAUGGUGUGGAAGGGAGUACAGAUGACAAGGGGGAUCUGAAUGCAGACAAGCAAGACAAAACCGACGCUCGUGAAAGAGCCUACCAAAAAGUGGAAGAGUUGCAACGUCUCCUAGAAAUGGCUACCAGCAACUUCAAGCAGCUUGGAGGCAUCACUCUGCAGGAAAGGCAGAUCAAACUGGAAGAGAAAAGGCUCAGAAGAUCCAUCUCGGAGCUGAAUGUGCAGCUGGAAUACGAGCGGAUGCGACGGGAGAAGCUAGAAGCUCAGCUGGACGAGGCCCGGGCAGAAAUAGGAAGACUCAAAGAGUUACAAGAAAGAAACGAGAUGGCUCUGACCCAUAAAAUCUCUGUGGAGGCGUUGGAUUCCUUUAAAGGAGGGGCUGACACAGACAAAGCGGCCUCUGACUUGCAUCAAGUGACUUUUGACUCCCGGAAGGAGAAGAAGAAACUGAAGAAAAGGCCUCUCUUUAGCCCUGGUGGAUCGUUUGUGAGAAGAUUCUAAGAAAAGCAAAGAGCAAAUAGAGGAGCAUCUUACUCAGCGAUAGGGAAAAUUAAGUUCAGCUGCCUUCCCAGAGACUUCUCAGCAUGAAGGAACGUCAACUAACAAUGCCAUGUCCUUAACUAGUCAAAGCAUAUCUUUUUUUUUUUUGAUGUCAUAAAUACAGCAUAUUGCCUUGCAAGAAUCUGGAUUUGAAGGGAAAAAGGUAAAUUGGAGUACCCAUGGGUAUGCACACGCCCACCUGUUGGAACUUAAGUUACAUCUUUUCCUGGCGUUUAAGGGGAGACUAACAGGUUUAAGGCAUGUGGCCCCGGUUGCCUCCAAAUCACCUUUCUCCUUCAAGUCCAGAUUACUUUAUACCAAUGUUUCUCAACCUUGUCAACUUCAAGCUGUAU